GCAGGGAGAGAGGCCACAGAAAGCAGAGAGAGUGAGACAGGCGCUCCUUAUUUCGGAAAAAGCAUGGCCGAGCGACGCAUUCCCUUCACCUUCAUGCGCACCCCGAGCUGGGACCCCUUCCGCGACUGGUACCAAGGCAGCCGGCUCUUCGACCAAUCUUUCGGCAUGCCCGCCCUCCCCGAGGAGUGGUACCAGUGGCCGACCCCCCAGUGGCCCGGCUACAUGCGUCCAGGCGCUGCCCUGCCUGAGGGACCACCCGCAGCGGUUGGACCCCUGAUGGGUCCUCCCCCAUCCCCCUACGCCCGCGCCCUGUCCCGCCAGCUGAGCAGCGGCAUGUCCGAAAUCAAGCAGACCCCGGAGCAGUGGAAGGUCAGCCUGGACGUCAACCACUUUUCUCCAGAAGAGCUGGUGGUGAAGACCAAGGAUGGAAUGGUGGAGAUCACAGGGAAACAUGAGGAGAGGAAGGAUGAGCACGGCUUUGUGUCCAGAUGUUUCACCAGAAAGUACACACUGCCCCCAGGUGUGGAUGCUGAGAAGGUCUCAUCCUCCCUUUCUCCCGAGGGCUUCCUAACCGUGGAGGUUCCUCUUCCCAAGCCAGCAAUUCAGUCAGCCGAGGUCACCAUCCCUGUGACCAAGGCAGUCGAGGCCAAGAAGUAAAAAAGGGGGGCUUUCCCAUGUCCCACUGCAUCACUGAGAUACGCGGGGGGGGGGGGAGUCAAACCUUGAGUGCAGAUCCACGGUUCAUAAUCAACGCCCGCGUGCCAUGCUUGUGCAGUGAUUAGCGCAUUGUAAAAGAGAGACGCCGCAUCGCUCCUUUCAUCCCGACUUCUUCCCAGCUGCAGAAUCUGGGCUGCGCCUGCUGUGCAAACCAAUCCGCACCAGUGCCAUAUGCUGCUUUUUCAGUAAUUGUACUCUUCAUUUGAAUUAAGAAAAACCCAAAUUACUGCACACCGCCCCCCCCCCCCCCCCCCCCCCCCCCCCCCCACCUAGUCUAUUAUUUGCUUGCCAGGCACUGAAAGCAAUUAGAUGCGCCUGGUACACCACCACCAGUUUCUCUUUUGCACCGUUAUCAUCACUGUCUAUCAAGCUCUCCAUUGGCCGGAUAUCAGCAGACACCCCCAAGACUAGCAUAAAUGUCAGUCAAACCGCCUGUCUCUUGAUACUCUGAAACAUUUAUCGCAUCACUGCUCUAAAAAAGAGCUCCAAAUGGCUUUCAUUAGAGUUAGAUGGAUUUGGCCUGUUGGGAGAAUUCCUGCAUUUUCUGCUCAUUGAAUUAGUUCUGCACCUCAAUCGCAUUUGCAUUGAGAAUAGUAACAGUGUUAUGUUUCUCACCUGCUAAUACUAAGUAAGUCUGAACAAUAGCCUACGGGAUAACCAACAAGCCUCUCACAUUGUAUUUUUCACGACAUGCAUGUUCUUUGGAUAGCAGUUGUGAAAUUUGUAUGACUAUUAACAUUCAUACUUUGACUCAAGUCAAGGCAAAAUUCAUCUGUCCUUUCAAUUGAGAAGUUGUAUCCAUGCAUACAGGGAAUAAACUUUUUGACUGAAAAAAUGUA